GAUCCGAACUUCUUCCGAACAAUGUUGUCUGCCGUCAUCUCCCGUUCUCCAAUCAGAAAUAUUAUUACCUACUAAUAAUGUGAUAGGCGGAAAAUGUUUUAAUAUUUGCAUCAUUGGCUACAGCUGAUUGGCCUUCAUUUCAAUUGGAUAUGUUUUUGAUAUUGACCACAAUAAAUAACGCCAAGCAAAUGUCAAACGAAGUUGUUUACGAUUUAUGAUUACGAAUAAAAAUAAUACCACAACAGCUGGAAAUACCUACCUACGUAAAAAAGAUUUGCUAAUUUAAUUCAAAGUUUAAUUUAAGUUCGCUCGAUGAAAUAUGAACAAAGUGCUAUUUACUAUGUGUUGAACUUUGAAAUUACACUAAAUGACUUACAAUGUGUUCGUCAUCUAUAAUAAAUUUCUUAAGUCAAUGGAGAUUGUGGAUUAGGCCUUUUUUAAUAGGAUUGUAUGCUAUAUUAAUAGUUGCAUUAGUACCUGCAUUAGUGGCACGUUCUAUAAAAAAUGGAUUCACUAAAGCUGAUCAACUAUCUUUGGUGGCGGGAGGGUUUGUUUUACUCGCACUACCGAUCUCGGUAUGGCAAAUCAUUCAACAUGUAGUUCACUACACUAAACCUUCAUUACAGAAACAUAUAAUUCGAAUAUUAUGGAUGGUGCCUAUCUAUGCAUUAAAUGCAUGGCUGGGUCUGGAGUUUCCUGAGCAGUCAAUUUACAUGGACUCUUUACGAGAGUGUUACGAAGCUUAUGUCAUUUAUAAUUUUAUGAAAUACUUGUUGAAUUACCUGAAUGAGGACCGGGAUCUUGAGGCAUUCUUGGAGACAAAGCCUCAAGUUUACCACAUAUUUCCAUUGUGCUGCAUGACUCCAUGGGAAAUGGGCAGUGAAUUUGUACACAAUUGCAAACAUGGUAUCCUUCAAUACACCCUAGUCCGACCAUUGACAACAGUCAUCUCAGUCAUAUGCGAGCUCUGUGGAGUCUAUGGAGAGAGUGACUUCAGCCCAAAUGUCGCCUUCCCAUACAUGAUAGCAGUCAAUAACCUCUCUCAGUUUGUGGCGAUGUACUGCCUGGUUCUCUUCUAUUUGGCGAACAAGCCAGAACUGAAACCUAUGAAACCAAUUGGAAAAUUUCUUUGUAUAAAAGCUGUAGUGUUUUUCUCGUUCUUCCAAGGUGUCUUGAUCAAUAUUCUAGUAUAUUGCGGGGUGAUAUCUUCAAUGUUUGAUAUAUCAGAUAAAGACAAGAUAAAGAUAAUAUCAUCAAAACUGCAGGACUUCUUGAUAUGCAUAGAGAUGUUCCUGGCGGCAGUGGCACACCACUACAGUUUCACGUACAAGCCGUUCGUGUCGCCACUGGACUCGUCCCCGUCGUGCCUGGGCUCGUUCCUGGCAAUGUGGGACGUGUCUGACGUCAAGCGGGACAUAUCCGAACACCUCGGAGUCGUGGGUAGCUCAUUCAGCCGACGAUUACGAGGUAAAUCGAUGUACCACAUGACGCGAGGCUGCGACGAAAGUUCUCGGCUGAUGAGCGAACCGGUGGCAUCCAGUUCCGCUCCGAACUUGACCAUAGACCCUGAACCUAAUGUAGAAGUCCGACCCACCACCUACGGCUCCAUAGACACAACGCUUCUCAACUCCGACACUGAACCGCUAUUAAGUAAUGACGAACGGGAGGAUAAUCCAAAAGUAUGAGCUUGCUUUUAGCUGACAAAAGCAACUCAGUAUUUUAAGAUUAUAUCUGUAGUUCAUUUCUAUGAGCGAAUUCUUUCGAAAUGAUCUUUGAAAUUACAUUUUACGUACUAAACAUCACAACAUUUUGUUUUUACUAAAAUUAGAAUAUUUCUGGCAAAUAUACAAUAAUGAAAUGAGUAUGUGUAUAAAUAAAUGUACUUUAUUUUAAAUUUUAUGGAAUGUAUAGAAAAAGCCAGUUAUGUAGUUUUGUUCAACGAGAAGCGAUUUUUUCAUACAUCCACUCAUACUGUUAAUGCUUUGUAUAUGGUAAACAUUGUAUCAAAAUAAUCAUACUUUUAUAAUAUAGUAGAGGAUAUAUUUUUAUGUGCAAAAUUGUAACAACUAUUACCAAAGCUUUUUCGUUUAAUUCGAUUGACAGUUACUAAUUACAUUGUAAUUAUCUACUAUGCAAAAAAGCUAUGUAUAAGCUAUUUUUAUGAUCUUAAUACUUACUUAUAAAUAAAUGUGACUGUAAUAUAUUAAUAUUUUGUUAUUGUGAUAUUAUUUUACACACAGAAUAUUGAAUAGUAAUUUAUCUGUUAAGUUUUAGACAUUAAAAAUAUGUACAAUAACA